UAUGUGAUUUUAUUACUACUUCUUAUUUCCUUCUAGUUUUGUUUUUAAAUGUAGCUGCAUUCUCUUACAUCCUCAGUGGUGAUUUUAAGAGUUGCUUUGCCAGCUCUGUAGUCAAUCUGCCUUUCGCCUGUGGCCUUGUGGCAGAACUUGUGAUGCUGCAGUUUGUAGGCUGGGUAAUUGUAACAGUCCUUUGUCAUUAACUGCUGCCAAACAUGGUCAGACAAGUCAUGUGAACCAGGAGCCUGUUUCUUCAGUCUCAAUUCACGCUUGUGUGUUUCCACUGAACAGGAUGAGAAUACUCACAUGACUGAGACCUGCAGGGUAGGACUAGAACACUACUAAAUGCACAGACAUUGCAAAAAUAUGAUAUUGUUGUUUAUGAUAACUAAAAGUUGGUAUUUAUUAUCAAAUCUUCAAAGGUCCUCAGAAACAACAAGGAUAUAAUGGGAAAAAAACUUUACGUGUUUUAAUCAGGAAAGUGCAGAUUGAUUGUUCUGAAGAGAAAAACAAUCGUUAUUCUUUGACUUUGUCUGUUUGGGGGGGGGGGUUGUUUUUAAAGAAACACACUUAAAGCCUAAACAUCAUUUUACCUUGUGGUUCUCGUCCAAAAAUUGCUGAAAACUCGAGAGAGAUUAAAUAUAUAGGGUUUAUUUCAUGGUUAGAUUAAAAUGUUGUGUUACUUCGAUUUCCAAGUUUAUUUGUCUUCGCUAUGCCUUGAUGAAGGAGCCCAAGCCAUGACAUUUUAAAUCAGCUUCUACAAUCAAAUCUAAACUUUCCCACAGUCUAGGGGAAAGAUUUGAACGUCCCUUUUUGUCAUUUGAAGCUUUUGGUUUUUAGUUUAGUUUCUGUAUAAUCAAAAAUAACACUGCAUGUCAGGAACAAGUGACGGGUCUUUGCAAGUCAAUUGUGUUUUUGUGCUGCCUCUUAGAGAAAGUGUUUGGAGGGAGGCGUACCCCGAACUACGUCUCCCAGAAGUCUUUGCUGUUGGCUGAAGGAAAUGGUCACAGUGUUUCCUCCUGGACUUUGGGCAGAGGUUUUAAGACUCAGAAGCGAUAAGCUGCUGACGUUCCUGUUUCACACAGCCAGUGUCUUGCCAGAAAAACCAAACUCCUUUCCCCCAGAGCAGAGCUCAGAUGGCAGUGCGGGUGACGGUUCUGCCUUCUCCCCAGUGUCUGUUCGAUGACCCCGUCCAGAUCCAUGUGACGGGUCUUUUGCCUCAGCAGGCAGUCACCCUCAGAGCCUGCCUGGCUGACGAGAGCGGGGAGCGCUUCCAAGCCCAUGCUCACUACAGGGCUGGGAGCAGUGGAGAGCUGGACCUGACUCGCUCCCCGGCUCUGGGAGGCAGCUAUUCUGGAGUGGAGCCGAUGGGGCUGCUGUGGUCUCUGCAGUCUGAAGCACCCUAUAGGCGGCUGGCAAAGAGGAACGUCCUGACCCCUUUCUGUGUGGACUUGGAAGUGUAUGAUGGCCAUGGGGACAUGAGCCGGUUGCUAGGAAAAUGCACCAAUGAGCGAAGGUUUUUAGGAGAGGGAGUGAAGAGGAUUUCAGUCAGAGAAGGUCGGCUUAAAGCAACUCUCUUCCUCCCUCCUGGAUCUGGUCCGUUCCCUGGACUUAUCGAUUUGUAUGGAUCUGGAGGAGGUCUUGUUGAAUACAGAGCAAGUCUUCUGGCUAGCAGAGGCUUUGUGACACUGGCCCUGGCUUACAUGGCCUUUGAAGAUCUCCCUGCUAUGCCAGAGAUUCUUGAACUGGGUUACUUUGAGGAAGCUGUAAAUUUUUUGCGGAAGCAGCAGCAGGUGAAAGAUACUGGGAUUGGCGUUUUGGGCUUGUCUAAAGGAGCUGAUCUAGCUCUUUCCAUGGCCACGUUUCUACCCAGCAUCAAGGCAGCUGUCAGCAUUUCUGGAAGUGGUUUUAAUUCUUUCAUUCCCCUGCGAGGUGAUGGCUUCACUGUUCGUCCUCACCCGUAUGAUUUGGGGAGGAUGAAGACCAGUGAGGAGUCUGGCCUAGUAGAUUUUUCGGAUGUUCUAGAUGAUCACAGGGACCCGGCGACUUGGGAUUGUCGCAUUCCCAUGGAGAGGUCCUUGGCCAAGUUCCUCUUCCUGUCAGGGCUGGAUGACACAAACUGGAAAAGUGACCUCUACUGCCAGGAUGCUGUUCAGCGCCUUCAGCAGUAUGGACGGAAAGUGGAGUUUUACUCUUAUUCUGGAGCAGGGCACCUCUUGGAGCCACCGUACUUUCCUCUGUGUCAGGCUUCGAUGCACAAAGUGCUUGGGGUAUUUGUGCAGUGGGGAGGGCAAUGGAGAGAGCAUGCCAAAGCCCAAGAAGAUGCUUGGCACAGGAUACAGGCCUUUUUCUGGCAGCACCUGAUGGACUCGGACUCUCUGAAGAGCAAUCUAUAGUGGAAGAGCUGUCAAAGGUGCUGACAGGAUUGCUAUUUUGUAUUAGGGCCUGAGUCUUGGAAACACAUUGGAAGUUUCCUAGCCUACCUUCUACACCCCAUUGUGACAUAGUUGUUUAUUUUCAUUCCCCAAAUAAUUUCACACUUUUUUGUUGAAUUUUAGGUGUCCUCUGCCCCUAACUGUGCUGUGAAUUGGCACCAUCUGAUCUACCUGAGUGCUGUAGUUAUCUGAAAAAAACCCAAUGUCCUGUCAUGCAAAUUGAGUUUGUGCUGAGCCAUCUUUGCCCUCAGUGUCUAAUCCUCCUCUUUAGUAGCAGGAAAUGUUCUCGCUGGAGGAGCUUUCCGUUGGAUUGACUAGGAUUACACCUUUAGUUAAGCUAGAUGUAAACAUUUUUUUCUUGGGACAAUACAUUGGUACAUGCUCUCACCUUUUCUAUUGGUAUAUCAUUUUCUCACAUCCCUGGGUAACAGGGAUGUUACAGUUCUGAUCUCGGCUGAGCAAAGAGGCACUCUUCUGACUUAUUCUGAAGUGCACAGAUAACAUGUUUUUUUAUCAUACUUCAAAAAUGAGAAGAAAUGAAUCUUGCCAAGGUUACACUGGUUUUAUCUACUGCUGUCUCCAGAUACGUUACAUACCAGGCUGAAGUUCCCACUGCACUACUCAAUAAAUACAAUGUGUAUGUGUGAAGGCAAGGUUUAGUUGAAAUUAUCUGAAGGAAGCCUUCAGCUGUCUUUAUGCCUAUAAAUACAGAGGCAACAAUCUUGGUGUCACUUUGCCUGGCUGAAAAUUUAAUGUGCUAGAGUCCUUACCUCUUAUCAGUAAGAGGAGUGGUGCAGUUUGCCACAGGGGUCUGCACAAUGCUCAAGAUGAGGGUGAUAGGGAUGUGCUAAGUACUUGCUUUUGAGUGUUGAAGCUCAGUUUAUCCCUGUUUUGGGGAGGAAGAAUAAAGCCAGUGCUGCUGCUGGGUUCCCAGGAGUGCUGUGGAGCCGGCUAUCUCUGCUGCCUUGCUGCUACAGUAGGCAGCUGUGGGGUCAGUGGCAGCUAAAAAUGCCACUUGUUAGAGAGGACACACCUUGCCUCUUGGAGGUAUAUGUGUUAUCCCACCCUUUACUAAAGUUCCAGGCCUGGGGAAGAUGCCUGUGAUCUGCCUCCUGCAUUAGUGGGGCAGUGUCAAACAGCCACUUACUGGUAUUUUCUAGCUAUGAGGUAGCAGGUACUGAGCAAUUUUUUGCCUCCAUGAGCAGUUGGGGCUUCCAUUCUCAUCACAAAACCCAGCAAGACCUGGGAGCCUCUGCCUUUUGCUGAGCCAAAAUAUUGCCUUUGAGAGAGCAGAGGUUCCUGGUUUCCAAUUCCCCUUGAGAAACAAGCCCUCUAGGAGCCUGGAUCUGGCUGUGGGCAGAACCAUGCCCUUGAGUUUUCCCGCCGCAGGGAGCAAUGGCUACUCAAAAUGAGCAUGUCGAGCCUCAGAGGGCUGUAGACUUUCUCAUGCAAUACAUCCACCACAAAGUGUGCCUCUUCAGAAACUUCAGGUUUUCUUGAAGAUGGUAGAUGGGCACUACUCAGCUCCUCGUGUGAGCAAGUAGAGUGAGGAGAUAUCUCCUGCUCAGCCAUACUUGUUUACCAUCAGGAUUUCUGCAGAUGACCUCUUUUUUUCUGUUUGGCCCCUGUGUGUUUAUGUCCUGCACAGACCCUGGUUGUUCCUGACGUUUAGUGAGUGGACCUGGCAGAAGGGCAGUGUGUAGGAGCAAGAGAAGACAAACACAUUUAAGCAGUUUGAUUUGGAUUAAGGAAAUUUUCUUUUCCUACAUUUUUCUAUUUUAAUAAAGCACUUAAAAAACCCAGGCAAAUCUACUCAGAUUUUUCUCAGACUCAGGGCACGCUAGGCUGUGAGAUUCUCUGUGGGAUGUGUCAUUUUGUUCUUUUGUUUUUACUGAGCACAGUGAGGCUUAUGUAGUACAGUGUGUUCUCCAGCCCAUGGGUUAAUUUUAAUACCUUCUGAGAUGAAGACAAACUUUCUCAGCCUUUAAUGGUUAGUUUACAGACCUGUUUUUUGAAUUACAAAAUUGUGAGCUGCUUAGACAAUAUAACCUUUUCUUUAUCUGUAGGAAACUCUACCUUAAAGGGAAAAUAUUUUCCAUCAGUAAAUCAGCAGCUACUCACCGAUGCUGAUGCUUUCAUAUACUCAUUGUGACAUUGCAUUCAGCAAACGCAUUCAAGGAAAGCAGUGUUGGAAACUAGAUGAUGAGGGGAGCUGGCUGGUAGCUCCGUUGAUGACAGUAGUGCAAAUGACCUCUUUGUUAUGUUGCUGUGGAAUUAAAGGUUCCCUAGCCAGUUAAAAGCCCUUCGUUUCUCACUUGGAUGGCAGCCAGCGAGAAAGAUGGAAAAGGCAGAUUUAGUUGAGCAGCUCUGUGCCAUGUACAAACAAGGAAAUAUGUCAGCCAACCCAGUUGCAAAGGGAAUUUUUUUUUAAAUCAGUUGUCUUUUUUAGAUUAAACUCAAGUUUGAAACUUAGCUUCAGGAAGUAGAAACUGGAAGCUGGAGGGAGACUCAUAUCAAAUAAUACGAAAUGGCCUCAUCUCAACAAAAUUGCUUGUACUUGAGCGUGUUCUUCACUGUUUUGCUGAAGACUUGGUAUACUAAUCGUUCCUGCUGCUGAAGAGAUGAUAUAGGCAAAUGAGGCUAAGAUCACCUUUUUUCCAAGUUAGUGGCAGAAUUGUACUAAUUGCAGCCUCUAUAGUCAUAGUACUUUAUAUAGCUUCUCCAGGCUUACAGCGAUACAGAAGACAUUAUUCAAGAAAAAUAUGGAAGUUAUUAUUUAAUUAAAGGUAAUUGACCUUAAGCUGCAAAAGAGGGCCACUACCAAGCACAACUGAUAAAAUUAUAAUAAAAAUUGGAUGGGGAAAGCUGUUCUUACAAUGGGCUUUGUAAUUGAAAACUUCUUCAACUAAAAUAGAACAUCAAAAGAGUAGCUUGAACUGAAAGAUCUUUGCUUGAUGCUUGCAUCAGUCAUCCUUUUGUCUAGCGCUUUGCAGUAUGUAUCUGUUAAGAGAAUGAAAAAAGCUUGUGACGAAUCUCCAAGAAACUGAGAAGCAAUCUCCCAACCUGUAAGCUCCAAUGAACAAAUACAUUAUAAGGGAACAAUACACCUUGCAUUGCUCUUUUUGGUCGGGAUAAUUUCCCUGACUUAACUGGAGUCAAGGAGCAAUAAAGAUUGUUUAUUUGUUGGCAUAUCGUUAACAUUUUCCUUCUUUGUUCUAAUUCAACAUGUGGUCUCUCUCUCUCUCUACAUAGAAAGUACCCGAAGAUAAGAGAACUGGUCUAAGUUACAUGAAGCAUGUAUAACUUAUUAUUUUAUAUUGGUGAAGCAGCUCACAGGCUGUUUGCAUACUGUGGCGCCUUUGGAUACAGCUUGUGAAAGACCCUUUUCAUUUUGUCGUUCCUAUAUCACAGUGCAGAUGAGUUUCUUUGCAUAGCUCCAGUCCCUACCUACUAAAUAACUUCUCAUGAAAAGCUCCAGGGACUCCUGGCCAGCGGUAAGAGUUUUAAAUCAUUUGUGCACUGUAUGGAAUAAUGACUACUGUACUUUUCAAGUCUCCUAGGAAAAGCUUACAAGGUUGACUUUCAGGGUCAUGGGUUAUUUCCCCAUACUUUUGCCAGUUAGGCUGUGUGUAGCUGAGGGAAAAAGAAAACACCCAAGGUCCUUGUUCAGUGGCGACCUAAUGGUAUCAGCUCCAAUCACGUAUUUGAACAGAAGCUAAAGCUGGUUCUGAAGUGUUUUGGUAUAGGUACAGUAUAAUACUCAGAGGAAAGUGCAGAAUGAAAAUAGUUUAAAUGUCUUUAUUAGUGAAAAAUGAACCACAGGUACAGGAGAGAGAAAACGCCUUUUGCAAUGUGCCUCUUUCUUUGAGCUCUGUGCCUCCGCAGAAGUGGUGGGUGUUUGAGACAUCAGCGGAAUUUUCUUAGGGACUGUGCUGAACAAGGAGAUUUCGGUGCAAAUGUGUUCCUGGAGCAGUAGCAGCUUCUUUCCCAGGAGAAGCAGUUUCUCAAGAUGUCUUCUACAAGCCAGGUUAUUCUGCUGCCACAAGGCAGAGGGAAUGAAGUGAAAGAUGAGAAUAUACAAUGUGCUGUUGAAUUAGAAGUGAUCUUUCUCCUGGGCACUUCUAAGGAUAGGACCAACAUUUAGUGACAAAAUAAAAAUAUUCAGAAUCUGAGUAUAUUGGUAUUUUUCUAUGAAAUUAAUAGUUCUACCAUUUCAGGAAAAAGCUGUACUUUUUAGUCUGUACUUUUUAGUGCUCUGAACAUGUCAUUUGCAAAUGGAUUCUGAGCCAAGUGUAACGUUAAAUGCACAGAAAGUGAUGUUUUGAGCUAAGUUUGGCUACAAGGAAAAUUAAUGUUUCCAAUCUACAAACUCUGUUUGCAGCAUUUCCUGAAAAAGAUCAUUUUGUCAUUUGCCAUUGUCCAGGACAAAAUAUUGGAAUGCUAAAGCUCACUGUUUUUCAGAGUCUUAUCAAAUUGUUCAUACAAAACGUAUAUCAAACCUAAAAAUGCCUGGGUCCUGACUGCUGAUAGCGCUUAAAGAAAACAAUUAAAUGCAUUAAAAUAUGUUAAUUUAGGCUUGUAUCUUUUCAGUGGCUUAUUCCA